GGUUCAAAGGUUACAGUGCAACAACGUGGGACACAACAUGGGCGCGCUGGUGUGGUGGUGUUGAUCCACAGUAGCAACAUUUACUAUUUAUAUUCACUUGCGAUAUGGCUUCUAUUGAGAAACAAAUGUGUAGCGACGCGUUACUUCCAUUAAUUUACCAGCACCUCAAGGAAAGCGGUUUCGAGAAAGCAGCCAAGUCGCUGAAAAAGCAAAUACCCAAGGGGGGCGAAACUGUUCCACAGCCAAGCACGUCGUUACGCGAUAUCUACAACAAAUGGACUGUGGGGUCGAGGAGAGGAAGGAAAAAAGUUACCAUUAGCGAGCAAGACUCAAAGAAAUCAGUUGCCCCCAGCACACCAGCACAGACUGGUCCCAAGACUGCAUCUCCGUCACCUAAAAGAAAACGAGCACCUAAGAAAGACACCACCAAGGCCACUCCAAAGAAGACCCCUCAGAAAUCAGCUACCCCCAGCACACCAGCACAGACGGAUCCCAAGACUGCAUCACCAUCACCUAAAGUAAAAAGAGCCACAAAGAAAGACACCACCAAGGCCACUGCAAAGAAGACCCCUCAGGAGACACGCACACCGGCCAAGGGAAAAGAGAAAUCAGAUGCCUCGGCGCCAAAGGCCAAGAGGAGAAAGAAAGGCUCUGAACCGGAGGCAGCCACUGCUGCUGCGACCUCCACUUCUGCUGAUGCGACCGCCAUCUCUGCUGCCAGUGGCACUGCAACUCCCGCUGCCCCUGCCCCCUCCUCCUCCACUCAAGCAGAUGACUCCGACUCAGACAGCAGUCUGGAUGUGGAGAAAUGGAAGCAGUUCGCUCUGCAACUCACAGAUGCAGACAUAGCACGAAUGGAAGAAGCCUUUGCCUCCGUUAACGGCGUCAACGGUCCGUCAAACAGCAAAAAGGCGCCCAGAAAAAGAGCGCCGCCAAAGAACCCGAGAACUACUGCUGCCCAGAGAAAGAAGGCCGCCGCAGAAGCGACAGACACACAAACAGAAACGCCUGCACAAACACCCACCUCGGAGCCAGCCAAAAGCCCGUCAACUAAAAAAUCAGAUGAAAAAAACACCACAACCCCGUCAAAGACCGUCAAAACACCCAAAGCCCCCAAAACACCCAAAACGCCCAAAGCACCCAAGACACCCAAGGCAACCAUAGCCGACGGUACAACACCAGACUCCGCUGCAGUCAACAACACCAAUCCUGGCAUUGUAACGGAGCUGCAAAACGGCAGUUUCCUUACCACGCCAGUCAAGACCCCCAAGAAGAAGGCAAAAAGUCACAAGACGACCACAGAAGACGGCACUAGUAAAGACACUUCUGACGUCUUGAGUACGGGGACCCCCUUACAAAGCGUUGAUGCAGUGACACCUGGUGAUCAGAAUGCGGAAACGCCUUCAAAGCACCGCAAACACAAGGCUGACAAGAAGAAGCCUCCGGGUCAGGACCUCACCCCAGAGGGCAACGCAGGACACACACAGCAGGCUCCUGAGGCACCUCAAAAGGAUGCGUCCUCUGAAGCCACACCGUUGAAAAAGAAACACACAAAGAGGAAAAAAGAGCAGAAGGAGCAGGAGGAAGUGGCAACUGUGCAGCAGGCUGCUGAGGUGACACCUCAAGAGAAUGCAUCCUCCGAAGCCACGCCGGCAAAAAAGAAGAGGAAAAGGGAGGAGAAGGAACAGGAGGCGCCUGUACAGAAGGCUCCUGAGGAGACGCCUCAAGUGAAUGCAUCCUCCGAAGCCACACCGGCGAAAAAGAAAGAGAAGAAGAGGAAAAAAGAGGAGAAGCUACAGGAGGAAGGAGCGUUGGCACCUGUGAAGCAGGCUCCUGAGGUAACACUUCAAGAGGAUGCGUCUUCCGAAGCCACACCGGCAAAAAAGAAAGAGAAGAGGAAAAAAGAGAAAGAACAGGAGGAAGGAGCGGUGGCGCCUUUGCAGGAGCCCACGCCGGAAGAAGUGGUGACGGCGCCCCUGGAGACGGAGGGGAAAAUAAAGAAAAAGAAGAAGAAAGACAAGGAGAGAGAGAAGGUGGAGGAGGAGAGGAGUAAAGAGCCAGGCCAAGACAGUGUUACAGCAACGACAGAGACCCCAGCUGCACCGCAGACGCUGGCCCCUGAGUCCACACCAGAGCCAACUUCAGAGAAGAAGAAAAAAAAAAAGAAGGACAAGGAGAAGGAGAGAGAGAAGGAGGAAGCUCCACCAGUCCCUACUGCCCUGUCAGCCCCAUCAGAGGAGGAGACCCCCAAAAAGAAGAAAAAGAAGAAGUUACUGGUUAGUGAGUCUGUCACUAUGUUGUCACCAGAGCAAUCCUGAGCAUCCGACCAGACCCACACAGCACAGCUGGACUCUAUACUGUAAAGGAGGCAUCCUGCAAAGGCCCUCACUGUCAGACAGAGGCCCACUGCAGCACCACAGGACUGGACUCGAGACUCCAGACCAACCCGUCCACACAGAGACAGUUUUUAGAAAUACAUUUAGGAAAAAAGCAAAGAAGACUCAUUAUGGUAAUGGGCUUAUAUAGAAUAAAUUAUGGACAAAAAGAGUGACAGAAACAAAAGAGAUAACAAGAAGAAACUUUGUUCUGAAGAAUUUGUGGAUGUAAUGGUGAAUUUUUAAAUGAUGUAAGUUCGGUUUUGAAUGUUUUCUACGGUUAGUGCAGUGAGUAAUUCAGCAAUCAUGUGAGAUAAAAGCAGCUAUAAAUCAAUGGUGAGAUAUUAAACAGAGUUAUGGAUGAACUAGCCCCGUCAGCAUCGCCCACUGUAGUUUGCAGCAUACAGUAUAGUCAGUACUCAGUGGAUACUGGGAGGGCAACAGUUCUAAGGGAAUAUGGAGUAAACGAUCUGUUAUUAAAAAAAAGAAAGAAAAGCUACCAUCACAGAGAACCCACUAUGCUAUGAAGAAAAAAAAAGAGUGCCUGAUUGUUAAAAGAUGUUGUAUAAACACAUAUACGUUUUAAAAUGUUAUUUUUACAUUCUGUGUUGACUGUUGUCGCAGGUGGUUUGAGUGCAAGGCAGAUUUUUUAAAUAAAUAUUUUAUAGAAAUCUA